CCAUCUGGCUUAUACUUCCAAAUGAACGUAGGUUGAGCUCAUUACUGUUAUUUAGGAAGCCCGGAACGCCGUCAUGGGCUUACCGGAAUCAAUCAUCUUGAUCCAGCAGCCUCCAUUCAAGCGGUUUCCACACUCCAACAAGAAGCUGUCGUCCAUCUCAGGUCACCCAACUUUCACAAACAUAUUUCACUUCCAACUGAUUACGACAAUUUUUGGGUGUGUAGAGAGAAUAGAAUCGAUGGCUUUUAGGGGAGGGCGAGGACGGGGAUGGGGAUUUGGUGGUGGUUAUUUUAAGUCUGAACCCUUUGUGCUGUUCCCUGAUAUUGAAUUGCCUGAUGCAAAAGCCGUGCCAGAAGAGAAAGCCUUAGUCAUCUGGAAUUCAAGGUUGAGAAACUAUUGGAAAGCCUCUCCUUACUAUAUUGAAGAAAAUGUUUCAAAGAAAAACCAGAGCAUAGAUAUAGAAAGAUUUUCUGACUGGGGGAAGCCAAAGAACACCUCGAAACGCAAUAGUCUUAACCAGGUUCUACAACUCCAAUCUCAUAAUUUUCCGAAAGAACUGAUUCAAGAUUCAAGCAGAGGGCAGCGGAGUGCCAAAAAAAUGCGAUGGAAUCUAGACUCAGGCCUAGAGAAACUGGAUAUGUUUGAGAAAUUUGAAAAGGAAUCUGAGGGCAAAGAAGGAAAGGAGAAAGGUGAUGGAGAAGAAGAUACAGAUGAAGAACAGGGAGAACAGUCUGACGAAUCAUACAGUGACGAUGGCGAUUAUAAUGAGAACGAACAUUUCGAUGAUGAUGAAGAUGAUUUUAACGUACAAGAUGACGGCGAAGAUGAACCUAUAUAUUAGGUGCUCUUCAAUUGGAGUGGUGGAAUCAGUGAGGCCAAGACAAAAUGCCCUUUUUACCUUUGUAAAUUUCUCACAUUAGAUACAUGGAAGGCAUGCUUAAAAGAGAAAUCCAAAUUACCCACAUUUUUAUUGUUAUUGCAUAGGGAUGAUUUAUUAUUUUUUUCAGUUUUUAUAUUUUAUUUUAA